AUGAGUUUGACACCGUAUGGGAUCCUGCAGCUGGAGGAGCCCUCGCGAGCCCUCGUGUCAAAACUGAUCACUCGCGCAGGCCCACGUAAUUAUUUUGUCCUCCGUGGUGACGUCUUGGUGCUGGAAUUCGAUUCUCGUCAUUUCUCGUGGGCGAAUUCGGAGCUGUCGAACCUGAACGAGUUCUUGCCUAACAUCAAGACUAUUGGGAGGCCCAGUAUCGACGAACGCCAAGUCACCUUCAGCGUCUUACGUGCCUUCAAGUCAGUGGAGCGUUUGGAGGUGUACGGCCCCGGCGCUCUCCAGAAGCUGCUGGCCGCCUUGGAGUCUGACGAUCCGUGUGUCAUUCCCCCGGAGGAGGGAGCCCAUCAUUCUUAA